ACGUAAUAUACUUUCAACGUGUGUGCAGGGCAACCUACGGGCAGGCGCAUACCGUGUACGAGUUGUAUUGAUUGAGGCAAAACAGCGGCAGCAUCUAUUGAGGGAUCUACUCACAAAAACAUGGAGGAUUCAUCCCCGUCUAGUGUAGCUCUCGCCAUUUGGAUUUUAAUAUGCUAUACGAGCGCCAAGGCCGCAAACAUCGCUUCAACGGAACGUAAAGACUGGUACAACGCCCGCCGACAAUGUAAGAACAGGAAGUUAGUGGAGUUUGUAGGGAAGGAGGAAUCUGUUCGCACAGUAGUUGAGAACCUCAACGGCGAACACCACUCUCCAGUAUUUCUGAGGAUGCCUCAUAUGCUAUGGACAGGAGGACAUGAGGUUUAUACACAUUGGAUAAGAGCCGAGGGUUGUCAAAAGGCAGACGUCAAUAUUAACAGCAGCAACAUUCAGCCGGAAACACAUACCUUCCGAAACAAUCAAGUGUCGGUGUGUGCGAUGGCGUGUUCCAAAGGACUGUUUCUGCGACUAUACGGUGAAAAGUGCGAGUGUUUUAUUGGGUUCGGUGUCCAGUUCAUAUCAUCUAAUCAGUGUAACAAGACUUGUCCAGGUAACAAAGACGAGAAAUGUGGAGGUCCUCAGGCCUACACUAUAUAUACAACAAGGAAUCUGCAACAAGAUCCGGAAACUGUAUCGCAUACCUGUGCAUCUAUAGUGUACGUAGAAGGAGUGUGGACAGAAAAAGCAUCGGAUUGCAAUCUACGUUUCCCAUUUAUUUACAAAGAAAGGAGCUAUUUGAAAUCAACACAGAUUAACCAUACAAGUUCUACGUGGUUCGAAAUGAGACACUUUAUAGACAACUCGCCAUAUUGGUUCUUUACUGAUGUAGACGAACUGAAUAAAGGAAAAUUGAAAAUCCCCACGAAUGAAACCUAUUGGAUUUGUGUAUUCAGAAGAAAGAGCAUUAUAUGGAACAAUAACCCAACAUUGGUUUAUGGGGACUUUACUGGUCAAUGUCUGGCAAUGAAAAGUAGAACAUUGAAACUGUGGAGCCUCGAAAAGAGACCGUGUGACGAAACUCACAGAUACAUAUGUGAAAUAUCAGAAGAGACGACUACCAGAGGACAUAUGGGUAUUCCCUCCUCUACCAGCCCGCACCCAGCUCACAGUGACGAUAUUCGUAUCACCAUCGUCAAUACCAACGUAACAAAGGUCAUAAAUACAGAGGUACAAAGACCCCAGGAAAUACUAGGAAUGAAUGUGCAGCUGUAUAUUUAUAUCGUAAUUGGAGUCGGAUCAGCAGUUUUUGUCAGCUUUUUGUUUGGCUGUGGAAUCAUGAUAAGAAAAUGCUUGAGAACAAAGCCAAAAGGCAACAACUCUGAAGUUACCAAAACGAGCGUUGUGUCAACGUCCGAAUGGAUAGACACCAGCAACAGUAUCGGAGGCUACGAAGAGACCGAUGACAGCGGGAACGAUCCCGGGGAGGAACACAUUUACAAUGAAAUAGUUGAUGUGAAUAUUGAUGUCAUAAGAAUUAAUAACUAUUCUGAACCUCUCCCACUCAAGGAUCCUACGGCCACAACAUCGCGAGAUUACGCUACACCAUAUGACGCUAUCAAAAUUAAAGCUGGUAUCAAGAAAAUGAAGAGAAAACGAACAAAAAACUACACAUCCGUUGGUCCAGUGUUCACAAGUGACACAAAUAAAGGAAAUGACGUCACGCGAGAUACCAACGCCUACGAUGUGUGUAAUCUAGAGGUAAAACAAAAGGACUCAGAUGGUGUACCUAUCGACAAUUUGCCAUCAAAGACUGAAUUCGUUUCACCAAAACUUGAACCUGUGUACUCAUAAAAUUAGGUGGUAUAUAUGCGAAAUAUACAAUGUUGAACAGGGUUUUCAUAAUUAAUGUAUAGAUAAUUGAGAUAUUGGUUUGAUAAAUCCAGCGUAACAUAGUACAAUUAGUUUGUGCUACAGUGCAAAUUAUUACCAACUCAUUAUUAGUAUUACGUCUCUACACAGCGACUAUUGGGCACUGUGACCCAAUAUAAUCGACUCGGUGGUAAUGUUACUGUAGUAUCAACAGUCAACAUCUUGUCUAAUGUUUGUAAUUUGUAUAAAUGUCUUCAGUUUAAAUGGGACUACAACAUGGCAUGUAUUUUAUAGAAUUGUAUUGGUAUGACACAAGAAUACUCAAGAAUUCCUCGGACUAUGUUUUAGUAUUCCUGAUAUUGCUUAUAUUUGCUUACUGUGAUAGUGAACGGGUGCUAGAAAUAUCACCUAACUUAACUAUGGCCAUUAUUUGCUUGCCUCUUUCAUAACUGUGAUAAUUGUAUAAAAUGUUACUGUUGAAUACUUAUUUGCAUAAUUGAGAUAUAAUAUGUGUCCAUUGACUGCGGGUCAAAAUGGAGAAAUAUAUGAUAUUUAGUUACAAUCAUUUUGCUUAUUUUCAUUAAGCUCUAGCUUAUGUUGUAAUGACAUGCAUAUAGGUAUUUACUUGUCGAGGUGGAAAAAUUAGAACGCAAUAACACAAUCGGCAAUCGACGUGUAAAGAUAACAAAAGGAUGUGCCGACGACGUGUAGAGAUAACAAAAGGAUGUGCCGACGACGACGUGAAGAGAUAACAAAAGGAUGUGCCGACGACGUGUAGAGAUAACAAAAGGAUGUGCCGACGACGUGUAAAGAUAACAAAAGGAUGUGCCGACGACGACGUGAAGAGAUAAAAGGAUGUGCCGACGACGACGUGAAGAGAUAAAAGGAUGUGCCGACGACGACGUGAAGAGAUAACAAAAGGAUGUGCCGACGACGACGUGAAGAGAUGACAAAAGGAUGUGCCGACGACGACGUGAAGAGAUAAAAGGAUGUGCCGACGACGACGUGUAGAGAUAACAAAAGGAUGUGCCGUCGACGACGUGAAGAGAUAACAAAAGGAUGUGCCGACGACGACGUGAAGAGAUAACAAAAGGAUGUGCCGACGACGUGUAGAGAUAACAAAAGAAUAUGCCGACGACGUGUAAAGAUAACAAAAGAAUAUGCCGACGACGACGUGAAGAGAUAACAAAAGGAUGUGCCGACGACGACGCUUAUGAUAACAAAAGGAUGUGCCGACGACGUGUAGAGAUAACAAAAGGAUGUGCCGACGACGACGUGUAGAGAUAACAAAAGGAUGUGCCGACGACGUGUAGAGAUAACAAAAGGAUGUACCGACGACGACGUGAAGAGAUAACAAAAGGAUGUGUCGACGACGACGCUUAUGAUAACAAAAGGAUGUGCCGACGACGUGUAGAGAUAACAAAAGGAUGUGCCGACGACGUGUAAAGAUAACAAAAGGAUGUGCCGACGACGACGUGAAGAGAUAACAAAAGGAUGUGCCGACGACGACGCUUAUGAUAACAAAAGGAUGUGCCGACGACGUGUAGAGAUAACAAAAGGAUGUGCCGACGACGUGUAAAGAUAACAAAAGGAUGUGCCGACGACGUGAAGAGAUAACAAAAGGAUGUGCCGACGACGUGUAGAGAUAACAAAAGGAUGUGUCGACGACGUGAAGAGAAAACAAAAGGAUGUGCCGACGACGUGAAGAGAUAACAAAAGGAUGUGCCGUCGACGACGUGAAGAGAUAACAAAAGGGUGUGCCGACGACGACGUGAAGAUAUAACAAAAGGAUGUGCCUACGACGACGUGAAGAGAUAACAAAAGGAUGUGCCGACGACGACGUGUAGAGGUAACAAAAGGAUGUGCCGACGACGUUUAGAGAUAACAAAAGGAUGUGCCGAAGACGACGUGAAGAGAUAACAAAAGGAUGUGCCGACGACGUAAAGCAGUCGACAUUUGUCACGGAAAUCGUGAUAAUGGGAACAAGUAUUUGAAUACCGAAUCAACUUGGGCACGUAAACAUCUUAGGUGGAGUUACAGGGAGGUUUGCAUCGAGGAAUGGAAAAUUGACCGAUAGGGAAUUGAAAUCCACCACACUUAUCAUACAGCGUAGGUGUAUGUAAAGAUAAAGUAUAUAUGAUUGAACGCUAAAUGGUCCCUAUAAUGCCAAUGUAACUGAACAUGUGUCCAGAAUGUAAAUAUGACGGAUAUAGAAAAACUACAAGACGAAAAUCUGCCUAUAUUGAUUAUGAGGCAAUGAAAAUUACAUUAAUUUCUACACUAGUUUUUAUCCUCCAGAACGUGUUUUUGUUGAGCGUUGUUAUGCUGCACGUGUAAAUCUUUCCUUUAUUCAUACCUAGUCGUUUGGCGAUUGUUUGUUAGAAUUACAUGUUUAUUUAUUUAUCGGUUCUUUCUGGUUUUAUACAGGCUAGUCUCGUCGAAUGUUAAUCUCGUUAUUACUACGGAAAGAGCAUUGAUGACCGUAUCAUUAUCCACUUAGUGCAACGCGACCAUAUUUUUAGGUUAAGUUUAUUCCGAUACAGGAUCUGAAGACAUCUCUACAAAGGACUCGGUUAACAGCAAUGACAUUUUAAACAAUUACAAUUAUGACGUUGAAUGAGGUCAGGUACAUGAUUUAUAAUCAAACAUCAUAUAUUGAUUUUUUUCCAAUGUGUUUAUAAAGUCUAUUUUCAAAUGAAUUCACGGUUGGUGCUGUGAUCACAUUUUUCGGGAGAUUAUUUUUUUUGGCGACACGAAAGACAAACAAUUGCUUACGGAUGUUCAAGACUGGGGUGCUGUGGGAUCAUUUUUGAUAUUUAAACAAAUGUAAUAACAAGGGUGACGUCACAUGUAAGAAACAUAGAACACACAAAGUUCUGGCAUCCUAUUAACCCUUUACUAGUACAGGAAAACAUCCAUUCAUUUCAUUUCAACAUAUUUUAUUGGAAAUCAAAUGGAUU